AUGGUCCAGAAUGUUAGCGCAUAUACACAUGCUGCCAACUAUAGCAAGUUCUCGUACGAGAAAAUCCAUCCGAUCGAACCAGGGUCUGUUACCCUGGUGGCUCGCGACGGCGUCAUCGUCAGCGAAUUUGCCGUGGGCAAGAGAAAUCUAUACGCCGAUGUCAACGGCACCAAGUUACCUCGACAUUUACAGGAAGACACCACCGUGGAUACAGUCUACGACAUGGCAAGUCUCACGAAGCUCUUCACCACUGUAGCUGCUUUACGGGAACUUGACGCUGCUCGAAUUGCGCUUAAUGCAACUGUUGCGACUUAUAUACCGGAGUUUGCGGCAAAUGGGAAGGAGAACAUUAUUAUCUUGGAGCUGUUCACGCAUACAAGCGGUUUCGAUGCUGAUCCAUCGCCACCACUUUUCUCCGCUAGUUACACAACCUAUGAGGAACGCAUUAAUGCGAUUCUGAGGCAGAAAAUUAUCAAUACUCCCGGCAGCACAUACCUCUACUCAGAUCUCAACUUUAUGUCUCUGGGCCUCGUCAUCGAGACCGUAACGGGACGCGCCCUAGAUGAUCUUAUUUAUGACUUCACCAGACCGCUUGGAAUGACAUCUACCUUCUUCAACCGCGGGAAUAUCGAAGGCUCUACACCCCAGACACCCAAGUACGACCGCACAGCCACACAAGAAUUCCAAAUCGCAGCCCUCGGACCCUCAGAACCACAGCGUCCACAACCAGUGCGCGGCACAGUUCACGACGAAAACGCAUGGUCCCUAGGCGGCGUAUCAGGCCAUGCAGGUCUAUUCUCCACCGUGCGCGACACAGCGGCAUUUUGCCAAAUGAUCCUCAACAACGGCACAUAUGCAGGUCAACGGAUCCUUUCUCAAAGAGCGGUAGACCUGAUUUUCACAAACUUCAAUGCCAGGUUUCCGGGGGAUGCUCGUAGUUUAGGGUUUGAGUUGGAUCAGUAUUCUACUGCGGGACCGAUGGCGAGUUUGCAAACUGCGAGUCAUACGGGGUUUACCGGGACUACGUUGGUGAUGAAUAGGACGUAUAAUGCCUUUUGGUUGCAUUUUAGUAAUAGGGUGCAUCCGUCUAGGGCAUGGUCUAGCAAUAGUAUCGUGAGACAGGCUAUUGGAUAUUGGGUUGGGAAGAGCUUGGGGUUGGAUGUUGCGUUUCCUCUGUUGUAA